GGACAAAAUAGGACACCGGUGACCGCCUGCUCUAUAGAUGCUAGAUUUGCCGUGUUUUAUAAAUGCCGGUAUGGAGGUGUUCGAACCAUCGGACGGAGUCACUAUUCUAGUCUUACUACAUCUUCAAAUCUAACAAGCAAUGUGUGGGGAGUUAAUGCCCUACGGAGUUAAUGCCCAACCUGUUUGCUCUGAUUUCUUGCUUACUGGGAACUAACUAACAAAGAUCAGAAUGGGCAACCAGCAGCCUUGUAUUCGUCCUAAGGAUGUCAAACUAGCGCAGAACAUGUUUAAGGUUCGGAACGUUGAUGAUAAAGGAACAGAGGUCAGACGUGCUGUGAUUGAGGUCACAAAGAGUGACAUCAUCCUACACCAGAGAGGAAAAGACCCCAUCAAGUGGCCCUUGAGGAGUCUCAGACGGUACGGGUUCGACAAGAAGUUAUUUUCAUUCGAGAGCGGACGUCGUUGUGCAACUGGGCCAGGUAUCUAUGCCUUCAAAUGCAAACGAGCAGAGUUCCUGUUCCGCAACGUCCAGGAGAACGCUCAGACGUGCGGUGGCACCAACCGUUACGGCAGCUACUCUGCGUCAGAAACCAGCAAUGGAACAACGCCGAUGGAAACGGCAUCUCCGGCUCUAUCCCCAUUCUCGGCUGGUCCCUCCCACUUUACGGACAACGGGAGUAUCGCUUCAGGAAGUACCUACGGUCUGGCAACAUUCACCGGCCGAUCGUUGUCGACGUCGACGACCGCCUCAGGAGGGCAGCAGAGUCCGUCUUCGCCGGGGACCUCAGUGCAUUACAUCAAUGCUAACUCCUUUGCGGAUAUUCCAGAGUCGCCUCAAGAAGAUGCUGUUGACUCCUCUUCAGUCAUGGCUUCCUUGUUACCUCAAGUGAGUGAAGAGAGCAGACCUUCUUCCGAAGAGGACGACCCCAAUGUCAACUACGCUCGUCUUAAACAUGAUAUUGAUGAAGAUCUGACCCAGCUCACAGUCACAGACAUGACAGACACUGAUACAUUGACCCAGGUGCAAAAUGACGUCAACGGUAACAUGGACAGCAUCAGGUUACCGUCAUCGGCAAUGACGACGCGGACACUUGCGAACCUUCCUGAGCCCUACUACAUGAAACCCUCGUCAGUUCAGGACAUCGUGAACGGCAAUACGGCACCGUUGAAAAACAGUGGUCUGAACUUAAACAGCAAUGCAAAUGUGAUCUCUUUACCGGAGACCGUCGUGUGUUCCUCAGAAGCUGGUAAUCAUGAUUGUACGACCAGCAAUGCAUCACCGGCGUCUGUUACCAGCCCUAUGAGCGUGACGUCUCUGAUGACGCCCAGUAGUCGUACGUCAGGCAGUAGUUACUACGCUAACUUGGACACUGUAGGGGAACUCCCCCAUAACAACUUUGUCUUUUGCUGUGAUUUACGCUCACCGUGCAGUACGUCAUCGAGCAAAGGAAGUGCCGGGUCGGAGUUCAUUUUCGACGGCAGCGUCGGGGGUAACCGGUCCCCCGUGAGUGAACACAGCUACGCUAAUCUGGAUGUGCUAUCAGAGGUCGGGAUUAGACCAACCGUUUUCAAUGGAGCUACGAAUGUUGUUCUCCAGCCGGUGCCGAAGGGCCGCAUGAAUUACGCCGAUUUAGACUUGGAGACGAUGGACGCCGCGGGUUGUACGCCUAUUGUUCAGCCACGUCAGAGUCGUAGCUCGAGUAUGACGAGCUCACCGCCGAAGACCCCGGCUAGUUUGAACUCGGAAGGGUCCAGUCGCAGGACGGACACAUACGCUUUGAUUGAUUUUAAUCGGACUACGGCGUUGGCGAACUCUCAGAGACAGAUUGAUGACACUGAUCUUCCAGGUGGCUCGUUGCGAAGGACGAGACACGAUAGUAAGAUUCGGUAGAUGUCUACGAAAAUGUUUGGUGACUCGUGAAACUCUGGUAUGGCUGGCCAUGCUUAAUUCAAUGUGUUAAGAUUUAACUUACUUAAUACAGUUGUCAUUUGAAAGUGGAACAUAUUACAUGGAUCAAAAUUUACACCAAAAUUGCUACUUUUUUUCUUACUGUUCUGGAAGAUUUUUUUCAGAAAUGUACCUACAGCGUUUUUGAUAUUGGUAUGAUUAAAUGAUGAUGAGGUUAUUACGGUUUUAAUCCUAAAUUUAAUUACCCAUAAACAAACUAUGAAUUAAAAUUUGAAAAAUAAACUGUUAACAAAAUAAGUUAUUGGUUUUGUUGUUUAGGGGCAUUUAGUCAGUAACCAACCAAUCCCAGUGAUUUGUCUCUAUGAGGCUAACCAAUUAGUGUCCUUGCCUGAUAAUAUGACCCUGCAUCAAGGCGAACCAACCAAUCAGGUGCUAAGCCUGUAGAGUGCUGGCCAAUGAAAGCCAGUGUCUUAUGACUAAUAUUCAACACUGCAUCAAGGUGAACUGGCCAAUUAAAUAUCACGUUCUUCUUAGAAAACAUUCACCAAUUCCAAGAGUGGCAUCCUGACUUCAGUGUGUGAUGAUUUAAUUAAGAACGUUGCAUCCCAAGGUGAACCAAUUGGAUUCAUUUCCUGUCUCAGCUCUGACCAAUCACAGCCCAAUGAUGCAGUGACUAAUCAGAAACUUUGCUUCAAGGUAAAUUGGCCAAUUAGGAGCGUUACCUUCAGACAUCAGACUAGGCCAAUCAGUUCAGUGCUUUGGGGGUUUUGACCAUUAGGAGAGCUGCAAGAACUCUGUGACAUCAGUUGUAUGUCACAUUGUACUAAAAAUGCAUAAACGGAAACUGGGUUCUGUCCAGAAUUUCUAAAGAGGCGGAAAAGUGUUUUCCCUAGACCUUGAAAGUAGACCAAAAACAAAAGAAGUAAGAGAACUCAUUCAAGUAGAAUCCCAAUUGAUAAACAGCAGACAACAUCUUUAUAGGCAACUUGGGUUCUGGCGUUGAGCUGUGUCAAGCUUGCGAAUUUUUUCCCACAUCCAAAUGGUUCACCGACCAAUUACCAGCUUUCUCUCUUAAACAGUGUUUCUAUGGCCAAAAGCCUGAGGACUAAUCGAAAUUCUGUCCCGACUAGCUAAUGAUUAAAUUACUUAAAUUUGGUUUGUGUAUUGAACCCUGUUUUCCCCUAUAUUUUUAGGCCUAUACUUAAUAAUACUAGAAUAUACUCGUUCCAUAAAAGUGGAACUAUUUAUCUGUGUAAACCAUAACCAUUAGAGAGGAAGUGUGCUGAAGCAGACUACCAGCCAACAUUCCGUGAAGUUUACACUGUUGCCACUUGUGCACCCCCCCCCCCGCUCUGUUUUUUGCUUAGCAAAAGAAAAGUGUUUAGCAGCGUUCUCUGUUUCAUCAAAUUAGGCCCUCGUGUGAUGUACAACAGUAACUACCACCUUCAUCUGUCAGUGACUUUUGUAUGUUAAUUUAUACCUUAGCACUGUUGUAGAUUGUGAAAUUUGUAGUUUUUUUUAAAAGAAACCUGUCAUGCAACAGAAACAGUGAACUGUGCCACCUCAAAAUUAGUUAUUGAGUAACCCUGGUAACCAAUUAUUUUUGUUAAAGUUUAGUUGUUGUCUUUACUGGCCGGAUAUGUACGUAGAGGGCUACUCGAGGUGUGUGGUGACAGGGUUUGAAAUUAGUGGUUGCCCUGUCGCCAAAAGCGAGUAAAAACAGUGGCUGGUGAAUCAAAUCCUUUCUUGACUAGUCCAACAAUCCAGUAAAAAAUGUUUCUUUGUCACAUAAAUGAGGGGUACAGUGGUAAAAUCCCAAAGAGUGAUUGUUUUUAAUUUCAUGAAACGGUUUGAUGAGUCUUGGUAAAUAAUUUGAUGAGAACAAGUAUUAUUAACCACAGAAAUAAGGGGAUAAGAUUGCCAAAAAUGCAACUUUUUGAACUUCACUUCCAUGUUUUUUUUUUAUGGCAGGAAAAUUGUGUGCUUUAUUACAUGUUGGGUUAGUGAAAAAAAAAUUUGGUUAACUCUUCUGGACGUUAAAUGAAAACAAAGGUGAAGGAACCCCGGGUUAGGGUAAGAGUGAGGGCAUUUUCUAAGAAAGCAGAGAAAAGAUUUCAUAUUAUUGACUUGGGAGACCCAAAGCUGGACUUGAUGGGUUUAAUUUUGUAAUGAUACUGCUGGUCAAACUAGUUGGAUAUUUUAGCAUUACUAAUGAUCCAAUGAGGUAGCGACCAAAUGUUACCUUCAUUUUAUAAAAGUGGAAUUUUAAUUUGUAGUUUGAUUUUUUUUAAAUAUUGUAUCAUGUGUAUGUAAUGAAUAGUUAUACACUUCUCCUAUUUUUAUUCCGAUAAUUAUUUCAACUUCCCUCAUUUUCGAUGUUUUUAAUUGUUUAAUAUUUGAAUUAGUUCAUGGUUUGUAUAUGUAGUUUUUAUGUAUAAUUAUAUAAAUAUAUUUCCUGAAAAAGUGUCUGUAUAUAAUUCUAAUAUAAUUGGGCUCACAAGGUAGUAUCUACGUAUAAACACCUAGAUUCGGUUGAUCUACUUAUUUAUAUGAAAUAAAAUCUUUAUUAGUCACAUGAUUA